AUGUCCAAAAGUCUCGGCAAUAUUAUCGACCCCUUCAUUGAAGAAGCAGUUCUCACCCUUUAUCCUGGUUCAGGCCGGGCUUCUUUCAACUCUACGGAAAUUAUUUCGGCCACUUGUCUACAUUCUCGUCCUCCGCAUACAAGUUCGCCAUUCUCAGAGGGCACAAACCAGACCUUUGAUGAUAUGGUUCUCAAAUCGGUAGUCAUACCUUCUGAUGAUAUCUGUCGCGAAGGCCUCCGCUAUGUCCUGUUACGCUGCAGUGCGCUGUCCGCCGAUUCGGAUUACAGUCGCAAAGCAGCCGUUGAGCAAAUCAACACUGAACUCGUUAAUUGGUUGGGCAAUCUUCUAUCCAGUUGCAUAAUGUAG